UGACAUCACCUGUGGCAUUAGUCCAUCUACCUUCAUAGUGUCAACACAUUCCAAUAUCAUAGCAAAAACCAAGUUCGAAGAUCUCGGUAUCGUAAGUUAUAAGUUUUAAAAUGUCAGUGUACCCGAUUUUGCUGCAUACAGUAGCAUGUGGAUGGUAUGUAUUCCUUUGGAAUCAAUUUUUUUUAUUACCUACAAAGGACAUAGAAGAAUUGCAUCCCAUAUACCAACAUUUUAUUGAAUACAAAAUGAGGUUCUUCACAAACUGGAAUGUGUUUAUGCAAACGUUAUACUUCAGCGGCUGUUUACUUCACGAUAUCAUGAAAAUUCUCAAAGGUCCAAAUUGGCUUAACUUGGGAAUCAAAUUUCAAAAUUUACUGUCUGAUAGUUUUGCCUCUCUUAUACUACCUUCUGGAAUAGUAGUAUCGGCGACGUUUUGGAUCUUUUACGGCAUUGACCGAGUGCUCAUUUAUCCAAAAGUAAUAGACGACUAUAUACCGAUUUCGCCAUACCAUGGAUUGCACACUGUAAUCUUACUGCUGGUUUUCGCUGAAGCAAUGACUACUAAACACAUAUUUAUGCCCGUGAAAGUUCGAGCAACGAUCUUUCUUUCCUUCAUAGCUUUUUACUCAACCUUUCUUGUGGUAACCUAUGUGGAAAAAGGCCGUUGGUUGUACCCGCUAAUCGAAAAGUUCAGUUUACCAGUAGCAAUAGCCGUAAUUAUAUGUUUUCAGUUUGCCAUCGCUGGAUGUUUUUUUGCCGGUAUCUUCAUUCAAGAUCAAGUCUGGGGUGAAGAAGAAAAGAGAGAAAACAGUAAAACUGUAGAAAAAUCAGAAUAACUCAGUUCUUCCUAAUAAAUAUAGUAUUUAGUAUUUUCCAUACCUUUAAAUAACAUGUCAUGUCUUCUUAUUGACAUA